GAGAGCUGUCAAUGCUUGUUGGCCGUAACUUUCAGCGUAGUUCAGCACCGUAAAAAGUGUACAAAAAUUCCGAAAAAAAAUAGAAAAAAAUAAACAACACGAACAUAACGUCGAGAUUUUUGAACAAAAUUCCACCAGUGACAUGUCUGAACUGCAAGCAUCGCUGCUGCUGAAGCGGCAACUCGCUGAGCUGCAUCGCAAUCCCGUCGAGGGCUUCUCCGCGGGCCUGAUCAACGAUGAGGACAUCUUCAAAUGGGAGGUGGUCAUAAUUGGGCCGCCGGACACACUCUACGAAGGCGGCUGCUUCAAGGCGCAUCUGAUCUUUCCCAAGGAGUAUCCAUUGCGGCCGCCUCGCAUGAAAUUCGUCACAGAAAUCUGGCAUCCGAAUAUUGAAAAGAACGGCGAUGUGUGCAUCUCCAUUCUGCACGAGCCCGGCGACGAUAAAUGGGGCUACGAGAAGGCCGAGGAGCGCUGGCUGCCCGUUCAUACCGUUGAAACCAUAUUGCUAUCCGUCAUCUCCAUGCUAACCGAUCCCAACGAUGAGUCCGCCGCCAAUGUGGACGCUGCCAAGGAAUGGCGCGAAGAUCAUGCCGAGUUCAAGCGCAAGGUGGCCCGUUGUGUGCGUCGCAGCCAGGAGGAGGUCUAGAAUGGGACGUGUGCGCCACAUAGCAUAGCUCUCCAAAAUUCGCACACACUCACACACACAUACAUUCAACUCGGAACGGUCAACAUUCAAGCAUGCGAAUAAAAUAAGCGACUGCUUGCAAAAAUCUA